AUGUCUGUGCGCCACGAGAAAGAGAAGGGCGUCAACGUUCAGGUCCUCCUCCGUUGCAGGCCGUUCAGCGACGAAGAGUUACGGAGCAACGCGCCGCAAGUCGUGACUUGCAAUGAGUACAAUCGAGAAGUCGCCGUCUCUCAGAGCAUCGCCGGCAAGCACAUCGAUAGGGUUUUUACCUUCGAUAAGGUUUUUGGUCCUUCUGCUAGGCAAAAGGACCUUUAUGAACAAGCUGUUACUCCGAUAGUUAAUGAAGUUCUUGAGGGAUUUAAUUGCACUAUUUUUGCGUAUGGUCAAACUGGUACUGGGAAAACCUACACUAUGGAAGGGGAAUGCAAAAGGGCUAAGAGUGGUCCCAAUGGAGAGUUGCCUCCAGAAGCUGGAGUCAUUCCUAGGGCUGUCAAGCAGAUUUUUGACACACUUGAGAGCCAGAAUGCUGAGUAUAGUGUGAAGGUCACCUUUUUGGAACUGUAUAAUGAAGAGAUCACUGAUUUGCUUGCCCCGGAGGAGAUCUCUAAGGUUUCUUUGGAGGAGAAGCAGAAAAAACAGCUGCCUCUAAUGGAGGAUGGUAAAGGUGGAGUUCUUGUAAGGGGAUUGGAGGAAGAGAUUGUCACAAGUGCUAGUGAGAUUUUUACUCUUCUGGAGAGAGGGUCUUCUAAACGACGGACUGCGGAAACUUUGUUGAACAAGCAGUCAAGUCGGUCACAUUCGUUGUUUUCAAUUACAAUCCACAUCAAGGAAGCAACCCCAGAAGGAGAAGAAUUAAUUAAAUGUGGUAAACUUAAUUUGGUGGAUCUAGCUGGAUCAGAAAAUAUAUCUCGUUCAGGGGCCAGGGAGGGUCGUGCAAGGGAAGCUGGGGAAAUUAACAAAAGUUUGCUUACUUUAGGGCGAGUAAUCAAUGCAUUGGUGGAACACCUUGGUCACAUCCCUUACAGGGAUAGUAAGUUAACGCGUUUACUGCGUGAUUCGCUUGGAGGAAGAACCAAGACAUGCAUCAUAGCAACAGUGUCUCCUGCAGUUCAUUGUUUAGAGGAAACGUUAAGUACGCUGGAUUAUGCACACAGGGCAAAGCACAUAAAAAAUAAGCCUGAGGUUAACCAAAAAAUGAUGAAAUCAACACUUAUCAAAGAUCUUUAUGGUGAAAUUGAACGCCUUAAGGCAGAGGUUUAUGCUACACGGGAGAAAAACGGAGUCUAUAUUCCAAAGGAAAGAUACUAUCAGGAGGAAAGUGAGAAGAAGGCUAUGUCAGAUCAAAUUGAGCAGAUGGGUGUCACAAUAGAAACGCAACAAAAGCAACUUGAAGAUUUGCAAAACAAAUAUGAUGACCAAAUUCGACAGUGUUCCAAUUUGAGCAACAAACUUGAUAGUACUGAAAAAAACUUGAACAAGACUAGCAAGUUGCUGGCCAACACACAGGAAGAAUUAAAGAAAUGUCAGUAUACACUGAAAGAAAAAGACUUCAUUAUUUCCGAGCAGAGAAAAGCAGAAAAUGCUCUGGCUCAUCAAGCAUGUGUUUUACGAAGUGAUUUGGAGAAAUCUCUUAAAGAUAAUGCUUCAUUAUUUUUGAAAAUUGGUAGAGAAGAUAGGUUGAACUCCGAUAACAGAGCUGUAGUAAACAAUUACCAGGCGGAGCUCGCUCAGCAGGUUGGUUCUCUUUGCAACACUGUUGCAACAUCAUUGUCUGCACAGAAUGAACAUCUAGAAGGUGUGAAGAAGCUCUGUCAUUCUUUUUUGGAAGUUCAUGAUAAGGCCGUUGGUGAUUUUAAAAUGAAAGUGACAUCUCUGAGGGCCUUGUAUAUAUCUCAUAUCGAGGCAGUACAAAAUGUUGUGCGCUUGCAUCAGGCGAGCUCCGAUGCUACCUUGGAGGAACUUACAUCUUUUAUAUCCUCCAAUGGUGAUUCAAUUGAAAAAUUUCUUGCAUCUGAGGCUACCGAAGCUAGUUCAAUAUUUGAUGAUCUUCAGGGUACCCUUUCAACUCAGCAGGGUGAAUUGGCACUUUUUGCAAGCGAGUUACGCAAAAGAUUCAAUCUCAGCCUUGAACAAAUAAAGGAUAUCUCUGAGCGCUCUCAAGAAUUUGUGGAUAAGCUUUUUGAAGAAUCGAAAAAGCUUGGAGACUAUGCUUCACAGGCUGACCAAGUUCAAAUGAAGAGCAUUGAUGAGUUUAAAAAAGCAUACGAGGAGCAAUCAAAAUCUGAUACAGAGAAACUUAUUGCUAAUAUGACUAGUUUAGUUUCUGAUCACAUUCGGCGACAAAUGGAUCUGGUAGACUCAAAGCUCGUUGAUCUAAGAGAAAGCGGAAUGAAGAACAAGUCCUUCUUGGAUGGACAUUUGUUAUCAAUGGGAGAUAUUGUGACCAAUGCAAAAAGGAAAUGGCAGGCCUUUUGCAUGCAAGCAGAAAAAGAUGUGAAAGACACUUCGGAUUAUUCUGCCUCUAAACAUUGUCGUAUGGAGGUACUCAUGCAGCAGAGUUUUAAGACUGCUAAGUCGGCUUUUGAACAUACAAAGAGGACACAUGAGGCUGUGAAUGUGAUGGGGGAAAAGCAUAGUGCUGCAACAGAAUUAAUUGUCAGGAAUGCUACUGAUAGCAAUAUGCAACAUGUCGUUGAGGUCAAUUCUGCACGAGUUGCAGCAGAGGAAGAAGUGGCAAAGAAUAGUGAGGAUCUUAUUGAGCAGUUUGAUGUCAUUUCUGCACAAGAGCGGGAGUCCAUAUCUGGCGUAUUAAAUGUGGUGAGAACUCAUGCAAAUACACUUGAGACGCUACGAGAAGAUCACGAUGGCCAAGCUGCUUCGAUUGAACACAGAGCUAGUGAAACUUUUCAACAGCAAUACAGGGACUAUGAUAUUACCGGUACAACACCAAUAAGAUGUGAACCUGAUGUUCCAACAAAGGGGACAAUAGAGUCUCUUCGAUCCUUGCCAAUGGAAUCCCUUCUUGAGGAAUUCCGAGAAAACAAUCCAUAUGAAUCUUCUGAAGUAAAGGAGUUGAAACCAUCUCUUAUUCCACGUUCGCCUCUUACUCAGCUGAACUAA